GUGAUACAAUCAGACAGUAAGUGAUACAUAAUGAUGAUGAGAAGUAUCAUUAGUCUAUUGCUAGUAAGUUUAUUGAGUGCCCUAUCAUUAACUCGUGAUGCUCAAAAAGAAGAAAAUAAAUUCAAUGCCAUUCACUGGAGUUACUGUUCUAACUACACUGGUCGCUAUUUUAAGAUCAACUACAUUGAUACCACAUACGUGUAUAAUACAAAAUAUAACAAUACUGAUGUCAAAAUGAACAUAGACAUAUAUGAAACUAUAAGCUAUGCUACAAUACAUUUUAUCGUGAAGUACAAUUUCCAUGAUACUUUCAAUGUUACCCUCAUUGACGAGUAUUUCAACUUUUGUGAUAUGUGGGUUGAUAUAGUUAAAGAGCACUGCCCCAUUAAACCAGGGAACUACAACAUGAGUAAAUCACUCAAUCCUCCUCCAAUGUUUCCAAAGGGACAAUACUAUGGUAAGAUUGUUACAUUCAAUGAAAAGGGACAAGAUUUUGCUUGCAUCCUUCUGGACAUGAAAGACACAAAGCAACAAGACUAGCUUUCAAUAAUAGUACUUGUGUAUAUUUGAGGCUAAAUCACAUUAUCACAGUAAUGUAGACCACAAUACAGCUUGUAAAUAUUUUCAUUAAUU